CCUUAGCAGCAUCGUUAUAUAGGCGAGCUGAAGUAGCCAAAUCUGUGAAUUAGAGGCCACUUCACUGACCGAAGCUACUAGAAAUCAAAAUGAGGAAAUGGACGAUCCCUUCCGCUCUGCUUCUCUUGUGUCUUCUGUUUCUGCUACCAGAUCAAGGUCGCAAACUACACGCGAAUGCCGAGGUUGAUUCGGAGGAGCUUGUGGAUCCUCCGAAGGUAGAGGAUAAGAUCGGUGCCGUUCCACAUGGUUUAUCUACUGAUUCUGACGUCGCGAAGAGGGAAGCGGAGUCGAUCUCGAAGAGGUCGCUUCGUAAUAAUGCGGAGAAGUUUGAGUUCCAGGCUGAGGUUUCUCGGCUUAUGGAUAUCAUCAUCAACUCUCUUUAUAGCAACAAAGACAUCUUCCUCAGGGAAUUGAUCUCAAAUGCUUCUGAUGCGUUGGACAAAAUCAGAUUCCUUGCACUCACAGACAAAGAGGUUUUGGGUGAAGGCGAUACUGCGAAACUCGAGAUCCAGAUUAAAUUGGAUAAGGAAAAGAAAAUCCUUUCCAUCCGUGACAGAGGUAUUGGGAUGACCAAAGAGGAUUUGAUAAAGAACUUGGGAACUAUUGCCAAGUCUGGAACUUCAGCAUUUGUGGAGAAAAUGCAAACAAGUGGAGACCUUAAUCUCAUUGGGCAGUUUGGUGUUGGGUUCUACUCAGUUUACCUUGUUGCUGACUAUGUUGAAGUGAUUAGCAAGCAUAACGAUGACAAACAGUAUGUGUGGGAAUCAAAGGCUGAUGGAGCAUUUGCAAUUUCUGAGGAUACAUGGAACGAGCCAUUGGGUCGUGGAACUGAAAUUAGACUCCAUCUUCGAGAUGAGGCUGGAGAGUACUUAGAGGAGUACAAAUUGAAGGAGCUGGUGAAGAAAUAUUCUGAAUUCAUAAACUUCCCCAUCAAUAUCUGGGCUAGCAAAGAGGUUGAUGUAGAGGUUCCUGCCGAUGAAGACGAGUCAACUGAUGAUGAAACAACUGAAAGCUCUGAGGAAGAAAAAGAAGAUGAAGAUACUGAGAAAGAUGAGGAUGAAGAAGCCGAGAAGAAACCAAAGACAAAGAAGGUGAAAGAAACUACUUAUGAGUGGGAACUUUUGAAUGAUGUUAAGGCCAUAUGGUUGCGGAAUCCAAAGGAGGUGACAGAGGAAGAGUAUACAAAAUUUUAUAAGUCUCUUGCUAAGGACUUUGGCGAUGAGAAACCAUUAUCAUGGAGUCACUUUACUGCUGAAGGGGAUGUUGAGUUCAAGGCUGUUCUGUUUGUGCCACCAAAGGCUCCUCAUGAUCUAUAUGAAAGCUAUUAUAAUUCUAAUAAAUCCAACUUGAAGUUGUAUGUUAGAAGAGUUUUCAUCUCGGAUGAAUUUGAUGAACUUUUACCGAAAUAUCUAAACUUUUUGAAGGGUCUUGUCGAUUCCGACACAUUACCACUCAAUGUUUCUCGAGAAAUGCUUCAACAACACAGCAGUUUGAAAACAAUCAAAAAGAAACUCAUCCGAAAGGCCCUUGAUAUGAUCCGCAAAAUUGCUGAUGAGGAUCCUGAUGAGUCUAAUGAUAAAGAUAAAAAAGAUGUUGAAAAUUCUAGUGAUGAUGAGAAGAGAGGUCAAUAUACAAAGUUCUGGAAUGAAUUUGGCAAAUCCAUCAAGCUUGGUAUCAUUGAGGAUGCGACUAACAGAAACCGCUUAGCAAAACUUCUGAGAUUCGAGAGCACAAAGUCAGAUGGCAAAUUGACCUCACUUGAUCAGUACAUCUCGAGAAUGAAAUCAGGGCAGAAAGACAUCUUUUACAUAACAGGAACCAGCAAGGAACAAUUGGAAAAAUCUCCAUUCCUUGAGAGGCUUAAGAAGAAAAAUUUUGAGGUCAUUUUCUUUACAGAUCCAGUUGAUGAAUAUCUAAUGCAAUAUUUGAUGGACUAUGAAGACAAGAAGUUCCAGAAUGUGUCCAAGGAAGGCCUGAAACUUGGGAAAGAUUCAAAAGUUAAGGAACUCAAGGAGUCUUUCAAGGAGCUCACAAAAUGGUGGAAGGGGAUUCUUGCGAGCGAUAAUGUGGAUGACGUGAAGAUAAGCAACCGUUUGGACAAUACUCCUUGUGUGGUUGUGACAUCCAAGUAUGGAUGGAGUGCAAAUAUGGAGAGGAUCAUGCAGUCUCAGACGCUAACAGAUGCGAACAAACAGGCCUACAUGCGUGGCAAGAGGGUGCUUGAAAUCAACCCAAGGCAUCCAAUCAUCAAGGAGCUCCAGGAGAGAGUAGCAAAGGACCCUGAGGAUGAGGGCCUAAAGCAAACAGGGCAGCUUGUAUACCAAACAGCACUCAUGGAAAGUGGAUUUGUUCUAUCAGACCCCAAGGAUUUUGCUUCCCGUAUCUACAGCUCAGUGAAGUCUAGCCUAGACAUCAGUCCAGAUGCUGCUGUUGAGGAGGAAGUCGAUGUAGAAGAAGCUGAGGCUGAAAGUGAAACAAAAGACGCGGAGACAACUACCAAGGAUGAAGAAGCUGAAGCAACUAAAGAUGAUGUGGAUACAGAGCCUUCAGAUGUCAAGGAUGAGUUGUAGAUUGCUGGAUACAUGGGCUGACGCUUAUUUCUCUUAAUUGACACGUUGGUCCUGUUUGAUGGAUUUUUCUUCAGUUCCCCUGCCUUUCGCCCGACGAUGGGCCUUGGGGCAGCCAGGUACUGCAUCAUGCAUUUUCAUUGUGAACUUUUGAGGAAAAAAGGGUUUAGAUCGUCGUAGAGCUAAUGUAACCAUAUCCCCAGGAUUUUUGUCUUUACUGUCUAAUUAAUGAAUGAGUCUGUGGUCAUGCGUUUAAGCGUUUUUCAUAGCAAGUUGCCAUUUUAUUAGCCUUUUCCUCCAGCGACCAUGUAGUUUGGGAAUGGUUUUUGCAAGCUGUCUUGCUUUAGGUGAGAGGUUGGAGUCUCCCCUAUAUUUUCAUUAACCUCGAAUUUAGUGGCAAUGGUUUCCUGCAUAUCGUUGCUUUAUCUUGCUUGAGGGGUGUAUUAUGGUUCGGGGAAAAUGAAUGUUUCUGUAGAAGUCAUUUUGUUCAUUUACUUCUUGCAAAACGAGCUUUACAAAAAAACCAUGGAUGGGUUGUGGUAUCAGUAGAUAGAUGCUGUGGGUGUGACGUCUCAGCGGACAGUCUUUGAUAGGAAAGUUUCGGUAUGGGCCAUUAGCAUGUUUGUCGGCCU